CCCAAAAAGAAGGUGGCCUAGAAUGUUGAUGGAGUAGGACUUUGUCUUUGAGAGCAAGAAUCCCGGAACCUUACCAGUAUUUCGUUAAAAUCGUUGUGGAAAGGUUUCACUUCAUCCCUCUAUAAAAUGCUCCUCCGGUAAUACAGCGACAAGUCGGAGAACAAAUAUGGCUUCAGCAUUGCAGGAAAAUGUUCACGCGAUUCAUGAUGAAGAGGCUAAGUUCAGACAAUUUGAUGUCGUCAAUGAUUGCUCCGACCAUUACUUCGCCAAUUCAAAGCAUGCAGCGUACAAGAGAGCUUGCUUCACCAGCACUGGAAAUGGCGCUCUAUACAAGAAGAUCAUGCAAGAUUGGAAGAUUCUUGAGAAGGAUCUCCCAGAAUCUAUCUAUGUACGUGUCUACGCUGGACGGAUUGACCUCCUCCGGGCAGCCAUCAUCGGUGCUCGAGAAACUCCCUACCACGACGGUCUUUUCUUCUUCGAUUUUGCAUUCCCUUGCGAUUAUCCAAAUCGGCCUCCUCUCGUAUAUUACCACUCUCACGGUCUCAGAUUGAAUCCAAAUUUGUACAGUGGUGGUGCUGUUUGUCUGAGCUUGUUGAACACCUGGUUUGGCACCGAGAAUGAGAAGUGGAACCCUUCUGUCUCUACGGUUCUUCAGGUUCUCGUUUCACUCCAAGGGAUUGUGCUAAAUGACAAACCUUACUACAAUGAGCCCGGAUUCAAGCUUUCUGGGUCUUGGGAAACUUACAAUGAAGAUGCUUUCUUGUUGUCGUGCAAGACAAUGCUGUUCUUGCUUCAAAACCCACCCAGAAAUUUUGAGGCUUUCGUUGUUGGGCAUUUCUGUGAGCGUGCAAACUCCAUUCUAAGUGCUUGUAAGGCUUACCAGGAUGGUCAUGUGAGGGUCGGUCUCUACCGUGAUGAAAAUAGGCCAACUUGUAUGAGUGAGAUCCAAGCAUCAGACAGGUUUAAGAAGUCGAUGGACAAGCUUUACAAGGAUCUUUCAGUGGGCUUCGCAAAGAAUGGAGCUUCUAAUCUGCAUAAUGAUCUUAUCGAAGAGUUUGGGGACGAGAUUGAAAAUAUCGGUUUAAAACAAAAAAGGGUCACUGAAAAGAAGAAACUUGGAGAAUCUUGCGAGAUUAUUGUCUAUUUGAAGAGCAUUUUGGGACUGAAUAAGGGCGGUAAGACACUAAAAAAUAACGCAAAUGGGAUCAAAAUGAACACCUCUUGACAGAUCUUCUGCAAGUAGCUGCUAGUGGUCGAUUCAGUUCAAUUCAAUUAGGAAGAAUAAGGGAAAGAGGAGAGACAGUUUUCUUUGUUUUGAGUAAUUACUAAAUAGGGAAGGGCCUUUUUUUGCAGAGCAGAGAUACUUGAGCAUGAGUUAUUAAACUUCCUAGGCUCAAUGAUAAAUGAAUAUCUUUCGGUUCGAUCUGUUGAUGAUUGAUCAAGCAUAGAUUUCUUAUUUGUAUUUAAUUAUAAUAUUUUUAAUGUAUGUA